GAAUUUAAUAAAAUGUAUCUUAUUUUGAUUGGGUUACUGAAUAUUUUUGUAUUCGUACUAUCGGAAGUUCCUCCUUAUGUUAAACAAUGUUAUAAAAGUGAUCCUGAAUUGAAAAAAUGUCUGAUAGAGGCUUUACACCAUCUUCGGCCAUACCUCAAGAACGGUAUCCCUGAAAUAGAGUUACCUUCAGUAGAACCCUUUCUGAUGGAUGAACUUACCCUCUCGCUGACAGGUGGUACAAACGGAUAUAGGGUCCGUUUAGCGGAAUUGUAUGUUAGGGGAGCUAGCAACUUUACGGUUGAAGACAUUAAACUUGGCUCUUCUUUUUACGCGAUUAUAAAAAUGCCUGUUUUGACAUUAGCGGCUCAAUAUUCCAGCACAGGCGUCUUGUUUAUCCUUCCGGCUAGCAGCAAUGGAACUUUUUCUGCAAAAUUUGAUCAAGUAAAAGCCUUUGUAAAAGGAAUUGUGACGACAUCUGUACAAAAUGAAAAGAAUUAUCUGCACGUCGAUUCUCUAGAUGUUCAACUCGUCGUGAAAAACGUUUUUAUGCGAGUUCAAAAAAAUACUAGCCGCAGUCGCAUAAUUAGCGAGGCUACAAAUAUAUUUCUGCGUGAUAACGGACAGGAAGUACUGAAGGCAAUGGAGCCGCAGCUAAAAAGAAAAUUGUCGGUUUUAUUCUCUGGAAUUGUUAAUCAAUUACUGCGACAUGUACCGAUUGAAACUUUUCUUGUAUCAUAA